UGAUCCUUCAUCAGAAGCUCACUUUGGAACUGUUGACAGCAGAUUCAUAUAAAGAUGGAAACAGUAACAAGUAGAGGAAUACCUUUAAGCUCGAUCAGUCCACGGUACUUGCACACAAACUCCACUAGCCACACCUGGCCCUUCAGUGCUAUAGCAGAACUGAUCGACAAUGCUUAUGACCCAGAUGUCAGUGCAGAACAACUCUGGAUUGAUAAAUCAGUGAUCAAAGACCAGGACUGCCUCAUCUUCAUGGAUAAUGGAAAUGGCAUGGAUUGUGACAAGAUGCACAAAAUGCUCAGUUUUGGCUUCAGUGAUAAGCAGACAAUAAAAGGCCAUGUUCCGGUGGGUCUUUAUGGUAACGGUUUUAAGUCGGGCUCCAUGCGCUUGGGGAAGGAUGCCAUCGUGUUCUCAAAGAAAGACGACACCAUGUGUGUGGGUCUCCUGUCACAGACUUACCUCAAGAAGAUAAAAACACAGAAUGUCCUAGUGCCUACUGUCAUGUUCACCAACACCGGACAGACUGUCAGUGCUUCACCGGAGCAUGCAGAGUGUCUUCAUGAUAUCCUGACACAUUCUCUGUUUAACACCAAGGAAGAACUGCUGUCUGAGUUCAGUGUCAUUGACGGAUUGUGCACCAACUCAAGCGGAACCCGCAUCAUCAUCUGGAACCUACGCAGAACACCUUCAGAAGAAUUAGAAUUUGAUUUCAUGAAGAACCGUCACGACAUCCGGAUCCCUGUUGAUGUGUACGGGAGAACCGGGGAGACAAACAAGCGGCAGGCAGCAGGUGGUGUGUCAGUGCCUGAGAGUGAAUAUUCACUGCGGGCAUACUGCAGUAUCUUGUACCUGAAGCCAAGAAUGCAGAUUAUCAUUCAAGGGAAGAAGGUGGAAACUCAGUUUCUCACUAAGAGUCUAGCAAACAUCUGGACGGACACAUACAAACCUGAUUCUGUUAAUAAGGCAAUAACAAUCAGAUUUGGCUACAACACCAAGAGCAGAGAGCACUACGGAUUGAUGAUGUACCACAACAACCGUCUCAUCAAAGCCUAUGAGCGUGUCGCCUGUCAGCGCAAGGCUGACGGAAGAGCAGUGGGAGUUAUCGGGGUAAUUGAGUGUAACCACCUCACACCAGUUCACAACAAGCAGGACUUUGAUAAUACUGAAGACUACAGGAAAACCUUAAAGAAUGUAGGUAAUAAGCUCGAGGAAUAUUGGAAGCAACAGGUAUAUGUAUAUGAGCUUAAAGCUAACUUCACUGAGGAUACUGUGCCAGAUCAAAGCUGUAUUCAGUGUGAUAAUUGUCUGAAGUGGCGAAAACUUCCAGAUGGCAUUGAUCCUAAAAUGCUCCCUAAGAAGUGGUUCUGCCACAUGAACUCUGACCCUCAAUUCAGGAGUUGUACAGAUGAAGAAGAGCCUGAGGUUUAUGAUUAUGAACAACCCAGAAACCAGAAAACCUACAAACAACGUGAGCGAAACCAGAAGUUGCAGCAGGAGAACAUGAAGCAGAGUCAGAUGGGUUUCAGAGCCUCGCCGAUCUGGGUGAGCCGCUACCAAGGCAGCCAGCCGGCUCAGUCUGGGUCUCUGCCGGACUUUGGAGCUCGCAGCGCGACUCCUCUUUCCUCUAUGGAAAGCCAAAACACCAUCUCUGACACCAAAGAGCCACAGAGGCCGUCUAGUCCCAAGUCAUCCUACCAAAAGAAACCCAGCUCUGCCCUUAUUUCCUCUUCUCACACAGGGGCAGGCUCCAGACCUUCUGUUAACACUUUAGUUGACACUCAGCUCCCUUCUACUCCUGCAAGGCAGAAGAGAGCCCUGGACUCAAAUCAAGAGAAUCCAGAUAAAAAGAAAGCCAGAAGAAUAAAUUCUGGUCACAUUCCAGAUAGUCUGCCAACAUCCACAGUCUCAUCUGAGACUUUUUGUUCACCUGCCAUGUUCCCCCCUGAUAGUGGUGCUAAUGAAGCAGAAAGGAAGGAUGUUGAAAAAGUACUGAAGGAUGAUGGUAAUGGUGUGAUUGACAAGAGUACAGUGAUGAAGCAGCAGAGCAAUGAAAUCACACAGCCCACCUUUGAAAUUAAGUACCUGCAGGCCAUGCAGAAAAUAAAGCAGCUCCAAUCUCUGGUGAGAGACCAAGAAAAAGAACAAGACUAG